AUGUCGCCGCCGCCGGCCUCGACGCUGGGCCGGCUGCACUGCGUGUGCUCGCCCGGCGAGUGCGAGCCGCUGGACGAGGAGCAGUGCCCCGGCGGCGCGGUCUGGGACGCGUGCCGCUGCUGCCGCCUGUGCGCGCGCGUCGAGGACGAGCCCUGCGGCGGCCCCCACGGCUUCCACGGCGCCUGCGCCGAGGGCCUGCAGUGCGUCGUCAAGGGCAGGCCCAUCCGGGAGGCCCGCGAGGAGGGCGUCUGCACCAAGGUUGGCGGCUCGUGCAGAGACUCUGACGCCAUCCUGGUGUCGGGCUGCAACAUCGUGGGCCCCGCCUGCGACUGCGGCCGCGCGCCCCUCUGCCCCGGCGACGGCGCCGUCUCGGACGAGGACGGCGCCGACCUGGACAACUCCCUGACCGUGACCAGGCCCUUCGCCUUCGACACCAAGGAGGAGUGCGACCUCAACCUGGGCGUCAUGCUGGACGCCGAGCGGCAAGCGUACGAGGGUGAGUCUUCGGUCUUGUCUUUGUUUGCCAGAGAGACCCGCCAUGUAGACUUAGCAGGAUGACACGUG